AUGGAAAACAAGACGUCCAACGCCUCCACCUGGGGAUUCGGAACGCGGGCCAUCUUGGCCGGGCAGGAGCCCGACCCCACCACGGGAGCGGUGGUGGUGCCCAUCUCCCUGGCCACCACCUUCCUUCAGGACUCGCCCGGCGUUCACAAGGGGUUCGAGUACUCGCGCACGGACAACCCCACCCGCCGCGCCUUUGAGGCCAACGUGGCGGCCUGCGAAAAUGCCCGAUACGGCAUCGGCUUUGCGUCGGGCAGCGCGGCCACCAUGACGAUCCUCCACAUGCUCAAGGCCGGCGACCACGUGGCUGCCAUGGAUGACUGCUACGGAGGCACCUACCGCUACUUCACCAAGAUCGCCACGCCCAUGGGCCUCAACUUCUCCUUCGCUGACUUCAGCCAGGAGGGCGAGGUGGAGAAGAUCCUCACCGACAAGACCAAGCUGAUUUGGAUGGAGUCGCCGACCAACCCGACCCUCAAGCUCACCGACAUCCGCAAGGUGGCGGAGGUGGCCAAGAAGAGGAACAUCCUGCUGGUCGUGGACAACACCUUCAUGUCGCCCUACUUCCAGAACCCCCUCGACCUCGGCGCCGACAUCGUCGUCCACUCGGUGACCAAGUACCUGAAUGGUCACUCGGACGUGGUGAUGGGCAUGGUGCUCACCAACUCGGACGAGAUCAAGACGCGCCUCCGCUUCCUCCAGAACGGCAUCGGCGCCGUGCCCAGCCCCUUCGACUGCUUCCUGGCCAUGCGCGGCAUGAAGACCCUCCACCUCCGCAUGCGCGAGCACGCCAAGAACGCCCUCCACAUCGCACAGUUCCUCGAGUCCCACCCCAAGGUGGAGAAGGUGAUCUACCCCGGACUGCCCUCGCACCCGCAGCACGAGCUGGCCAAGGCGCAGAUGAAGGGCUUCGGCGGCAUGGUCACCUUCUACGUCAAGGGCGAGUUGGAGCAGGCGAAGCAGUUUUUGGAGAACCUCCACAUCUUCCACCUGGCCGAGAGCCUCGGCUCCGUGGAGAGUCUGGUCGAUUUCCCGCCCAUCAUGACGCACGCGGCCGUGCCGAAGGAGGAGCGGGAGAAGCUGGGCAUCUCCGACACUCUGGUCCGGUUGUCGGUGGGUGUCGAGGACCUGGACGACCUCGUUCGUGACCUCGAGAACGCCCUCGCCCACGUCCAGCUCUAG